UCUGUGGGCAUUCCAAAUUAUUUCUAUUUCAUAGAUAAAAAACUGUCUGUAGAGCUAAAGGAACAAUUGCAUUGGCAGCUUCGGCAUAAGAACAUGAUUAUUUCAAAAGCACAAAUUCACCUUUCCAGCACCAUUGGGCAAGGAGAAUUUGGAUUGGUGUUUAAAGGAUAUGUUGAUGGUGGUAACUUAGCUGCGAUCAAGACUAGCAAAGCACUGUCUUCUGAGAGAGAGAAAGAGAACCUGUUAAAAGAGAUGAGUAAAAUGGCAUCAUUUCAACACAAGAACGUGAUGACCCUUAUUGGAGUGUGUCUUGAUGGAGAGAUGCCCCUGAUUAUAAUGCCAUUUAUGGCAAAAGGCAGUGUCUUGGAGUAUGUCAGAUAUAUGAAGGAAAAUCUAUUGCAAGAAACGAAAAUUAGGACAACUUUUCUUGGAAUUUGCCACCAAAUCACGAAAGGAAUGAAGUACCUGGCAGACUGCAAGUUUGUCCACAGAGAUCUUGCGGCCAGGAAUUGCAUGAUUGACGAGAACAACGUUGUCAAAGUGGCCGACUUUGGGCUCUCUGAAGAUGUGUACAGUUCCGGCGGCUACUUCUGCCGGAGCAAGGAGGAGGUUGUGGCCAGGGAGGAGAAGGUGCCCAUCAGGUGGAUGGCUCCUGAGAGCAUUGAGACGGGCAAACACAGCGAGAAGACUGAUGUGUGGGCAUUUGGAGUUACAUGCUGGGAAGUAUUCACUUUUGGCCGUGUCCCAUACUCUGGGAUCCGUGCCAUGAGCAUUCUGAAUAUCCUCAAAUCUGGCCAGAGACUGGAGAGACCUACCAACGACAUCUGCUCUGAUAACAUCUAUGAUGUUAUGAUGGUGUGCUGGUCAGAGAUCUCUGGUGACAGACCAAACUUUGAGAGCCUUGUCCAUACAUUUGAUGGCAUCCUGGAGAGAGAGUCUGGAUAUCUCCACCUCUGCUUAUAAACAUAGGUAAUUGCUGAAACCGAUCGAGUACAAUUCAGUCCAAUCACAGAUGAGAUUUUACCCCCUGUUUUGGUGCAGUAGUUAUUUGUCUACAUAAUACUCUCUGUACACAUUUUUUAGUGUAAUCAUAAUUUUGCAGUGCUAAAACCUGUAAGGCUCUCCAAUGGCCAUCCCCCGCAUUCUCAUCACAAAGCUCAAAUUUCUGCUAAAGGUCAUCACAGGCGAUCUCUCUCUUAGUGCCCAAACCUUUCGCUCACUUGCCGUCUCAGACGUUGAGUCUUUACUCACAGUUCGACAGAGAGUGGUGAGAAACUUGUUGGUGCAGGAGAAAGAAUAAAGGUGGAGAGAAAGGGAAAGAGAAGGCAAAGAAAGGAGAGACAUAAUAUCAGGAAUAAAGAUAGAGACAAGGAUUCUUGGUCGACUAUAGAAAUUCCAGACGGAGGCAAAACUGAUAUUGAGACCAGACCCCUGCAAGACAUGGAGGCGUGUGAAAGAGAGAACUGUAAAUCUAAAGUCAUCCAAACUGAAAAUUUCCUCUCUGCACCCGAAGAUGAUCUAAACAGCUCUCUAUCUGAGAAUCAACUGAGUGUAAAGAUCACUGUUUCUCCUCUUGAGGCAAGUGGUAGUAAAAGCAGCAGCCCGUCACUUUCUCUCGGCUCUGCCUCAGUGGAGAACACCGUGUCUCCUCCACAGUCUGGCUCAGCUCUCUCAGUCUCAGAGGCUCUGGGCAGCACGGCCAGUGGGUAUGCUGCCACUGGAGAGACUGGAGCACGUGCGACGUGGAGGCUAAGUCUAUCACCAGCAGCAAUGACGCCGAGCUUAGCCCUGAGUUUGAGGAGAUACAGCGAGCCCUGUUGGAAGCCCGUUCUCAGUUCUCGUACCCUCUCCAGAGACUGCUGGACCAUCGUAGUCUGCUGGACCACAAUUCUGAGACUGGUGGGCCGGGGGUUAACUGUGUGAUGAAUCUUCCUCGGCUCUCGUCCCCAGAGUCUCGUUCCAGUUCUGAAUCAGUCCAUUUCCAAAGUCACUCAGCAGCCUCAGCACAGUUUAGCAGUUUUGGGAAUAUUGUCCGUUCAGUGCAACAGAUACAGUCAGUCGAUAUAUAAAGUCAGAGCUAUCAUUGUCGUUUGUCACAGCCAUAAAGUCACAGAGUAAUAAUCACUGGUGUCAUCAUCACAUCAACUAGUUAUUUUUAAACCAGUCCACACAACUACACCU